UCCAUUCAUCCGGUUUACUGUCCUGCACCACUGGACCAGUUUCAAUCUCUCUCUCUCGCACACACACACACACACACACACACACACGCACAUCCCGAGAGGUCCAUUUUGUGGAAGGUCCACUUUCCAAGCAUGAGGUGACGCGAGCCCGGUAGCGCGCUCGCAGGCAGCCUCCGUCGGUCGGACCGCGGUGACUCAUCGCGCGCUCAGUCAGCGGGGCUUUGUGUGUGUGUGUGCGCGCUUCGCACUGCAGGAUCGAUACCUCCUGGAAAAAAAAGGCGUUUUCUUGUGGAAGGCGGGGCUUACUGUCACGGACGUAGAGUUGGUUUUCCAUACUCAUUUUUUAUUUUUUGUUGUUAGUGUUUAGCCUCCUCUCACUGACACGGACGCCCCAAACGAACGGGACAUACACCGCCUCUCAAGGAAAUCACGCAAAGUAACAGAUAUUGCACAUCUGGAUUAAUCUUUGGAUUACGACCAUCUUUAAGGACUGAAACUGUAAAUCCGACAUGGGAACUAACCCAAAAAGGACCGUGUCAGUCCAGAUGGCGCCCCACAUGGCCGCGGUGGACACGUUGGGCAAUAAGGAGCCUAAUGCCAACUGGGCGAAAGAGCCCAACCUCCAACUCUCUCAGGUUUGUCCAAAACCCACCUUCACAUCUCCUCAACACAAACAAGACAACUCACCUCUGGCUGCUCCUUCGACUAACACCACCACACACACUGAAAACACAGCGUCCAAGGGAGGAGAACCAGUCCGCUGCACUGUGACAGACAAACCAGCAGCAGCUAAUGGAAACCAGGCAAAGUCCGAGCUGCUGACGGGUAGAGACCAACAGAUGCGAGACCUGUGUCCAAAAGGUCCAGGACUGGGUGAGACGGAAGGCGACCAGAAGGAUUCGAAUGCUAAUAUGAAAACGCUAAGUGCGCCUGAUGGAAAGGAUACCGUAGUGCCUGCUCUUACAGCGCCAAAGGUCAACCUGCAGACCAAUGACUGCAGAAUAAAAGGGCCAAACGCAGCCGAGGAGAAGAGCGCAAAGCUGACGCCCUCAGCCACAGCACGAGAGGACGGUAAUAAAUUAGUUGCUCCCGAUAAAACAAAUCUCAACCACGCUUGCGAGUUAAAGCACGCGCUACCCGAACCGCAACGCGAUAGCAGAGGGAGCGCGUUGGCCCUCGAAGGUGAGGACGCCGCUGUACCGGCAAAAUCUCAAGGGCCUGAUUAUGUACCCGGCUGCCCGCAAACCUCUGUGAGUCUGCAGGAGGAAGCCACAUCUGAACAAAGCACGGGACGUCCCGCAGCUCCUCCUGGCUCCGGCGCACCUUUAUCUGAGAGCAAAGAUGCAGAGGAUGGAUUUACAAAUACGUCUUCAGGUCCAACGCGUCCGCAGAAGGAUUCACCGCCGUUAAAGACACCACACGUCUCCUCAGAUAAACACCAGCCAGUGACCUCCAAGACGGACUCCUCCGCUCCGCCGCAGGCUACUCAGACUACGCCCGCAGGUGGCCGGGGGGCUGAGGAUGCCAGCGAGACCGACACAUCUGUAAUCGAAGCGCGGCAGCGCGACAAGCUGUACAGAGAGGCUUCGACGAUGACGGCGUCCCCGUCACCUGCGCGGCUCAAGCAGUGUCGAGAUAUGGAGGUGCAGGCGGUGGCAAACACGUGCAGCAAGGCCGUGGCCACCAGCCCCAGUCUGCUGCCCUCCGCUGCGCCUCGCAGGCUGAGUGGCGGUGCAGACCCAAGGGAGGCCGCGCAGAGCCUGGUUGUAGUGUACCAGGCUGACGGUGGCGUGGGGCUUCAUCAGGCGGAUGUGAGCUCUCUACCCGCCGGUGCUGAUCCAAGGUCGGAGAGGCUCACUGUUGAGGCAGAAAUGUGCCCCAACCAAAAUGCCGGCGUGGUUUUGCACUCAGAGACUUUGUCCCAGCAGCAGGACAAAGGGCUCGGAGCAAAGCCUAAAGACCCCGGGUCGGCUCUCUGCAACACUCAGCCGGUUUAUCAGAUCAACAUUGAACACAGCCACCAGAUGGAAGGAGGGGAGACGGGUAACUCGCAGAGUAAAACAGGGGUUCAGAAACCGGCAGCAAAAGCAGCCAUUGCCGAAGCUCCUCCUCUGGGAUCAGGAGUCCCAGAGACCGCCGGUGCUCCCAAGGCCAGAUCUGCUGACAGUCACAAUGCUGCGCCGCCACAGGCUGCUACCAAGCCCAGUCAGGCCCUACCAACAACAACAACAACAACAACAAAGAACACCUCAAAGCCAGGUCCAGCAAAGAACAAAGCUGAAAGUCCUAAACAAAAGGCUAAAGGUGGAGGUAAAGCCCAGAAGAAGGCGGCAAAGUCAGGCAAACAGAAGAUAGAGCCUGAGGGCAAGAAAAAAGAGGAUAAAAAAGAAAUGGACAUCCACGAUGUCGUCUGGGACGAGCAGGGGAUGACUUGGGAGGUCUACGGGGCUUCGGUGGACCCGGAGUCCCUUGGUUUUGCCAUUCAGAGCCACUUGCAGUGCAAAAUCAAGGAGCAAGAGAGGAAGCUGGUUUCCCAGACUUCAUUCAAGUCGGUUUCUGCCGUCGACUCGCCGGCACCCGAAGGCGCGAAGAGCAAGCGGAGGCGGCAGAACAUCUUCAGGUCAAUGCUGCAAAACGUCAGGCGGCCCAACUGCUGCGUGCGUCCCCCUCCCUCCUCCGUCCUCGACUAGCACAGCACAGACGGGGCCGGUGUCAAACUCCGACCUUUUCCCCCGGGGGGGACAAAAUCGGCGACCUCUCAGUCGUCAUGGUUGCAAUGCCAAGCGCGAGCACGACGGCGGUCGAAGUCGGUGUACUGGAACUUUGUAGCAUAAAGAGUACUCGUGGUGUUUGUGAUCAACGAAGGUAGGAAAUAGAAAUAUGAAAUAAACAACCCGAGAAUUGUUUUCCAGAAGUAGAUGGAGAGACAACUUCCACAGAGGCAAUAAUAGUGAAACGCAUGUUUAUUAGUUACAAUGGUACAGUUGAUCGAACUAAAACUGAAGUCCAGAACUUCAGAGUCAAAGGCACUGAUCAUGAGUUCGACGCAACACCUACUGUUUUUGUGCAAAUAUGUUAACCCGACAUCUUAUUGCAUUUGGUGCAUUUGUUAUGUUUUUGAGGUGUUUUUUGGGGCCCUAUAUUUAUAAGAUUGCUGUGUUUUUCUUUUUGUGCGCAUUUGUUUUUAGUGAGUGAAUAACAUUGUGGAAAAAAAUAAUACAUGCGCUGUUGAAACUCUUCUUCGGUUUUCAAUUAAAACCACAAAAAACUAA